AUGCGGACGAGCGGGGAGAAGAUAGUCCGGCGGUGGCGGCAGCUGGACCAGGGUCGAGGGCUGGCGGGCUGGCGGGAGCACGCAACGAGACAGCGGAGGCUACGGGAGGUGACGGAGAAGAUCAUACGGCGAUGGCAGCAGGCAGGGGCAUGGGCGGCGCUGGCGCGGUGGAUCGAGCACGCGAGGGAGUCAGAGCGGCUGCGGCGAGUAGGGCAGGCAGUGAUCGGACGGUGGCAGCAUCUCAAGGUCGGGGAGGCCUUCACGGCGCUCAAGGAGCGGACCAUCGAGCUACACGACAUGCGGACGAGCGGGGAGAAGAUAGUCCGGCGGUGGCGGCAGCUGGACCAGGGUCGAGGGCUGGCGGGCUGGCGGGAGCACGCAACGAGACAGCGGAGGCUACGGGAGGUGUCGGAGAAGAUCAUACGGCGAUGGCAGCAGGCAGGGGCAUGGGCGGCGCUGGCAUGGUGGAUGUCGUGGGUAGAGGGUCAGAAGCGACAUACGCGGCUCCAAGCGUCGAUCGUGUGCCGUAUGCAGCGUCUAGGAGCAUGGGAGUCUUUCUCGACGUGGCUGGGGAAGACGUCAGAGACCAGGGAGAGGGUUGAGUCGUGUGUGGAUAAGGAGAGACAGUGGCGGGCUGUGAGCCGAGCUGUGGACGGGAGGGAGCGGAGGCUUGGGCAGCGGGCGCUGGUACACUGGCACGAGCGGACACGGGCGAUGAUCAGCUUGGGAGGGAAGCUAGGGAAGGCGAUGGGGCGCUGGCGCGAAGGGGUGGCUUGGAAGGCUAUGAGCCAGUGGAGGCAUUGCGCAAAGAAGGAGAGCGCUGAGAGAGGACGGAAGCAGCGGGUAGUAGGGAAGCUUCGGUACGGGAGGGCGGGACGAGCCUUGGCGCGGUGGGAGGCAUACACAAGGGAGUCGAGGAGGCUCAAGGCGAUGGGAGCCAAGGUCGUGCUACAGUGGGUGCACAAGGAGACAGCAGCGGGCUUUGCCGGGUGGAGAGAGCGGACCGAGGAGACGAAGCGGCUGCGGCGGGGAGGGAGAAAGGCGAUACAGCGAUGGAGUAACCUGAGACUCGGGGAGGCCUUCACGGCGCUCAAGGAGCGGACCAUCGAGCUACACGACAUGCGGACGAGCGGGGAGAAGAUAGUCCGGCGGUGGCGGCAGCUGGACCAGGGUCGAGGGCUGGCGGGCUGGCGGGAGCACGCAACGAGACAGCGGAGGCUACGGGAGGUGUCGGAGAAGAUCAUACGGCGAUGGCAGCAGGCAGGGGCAUGGGCGGCGCUGGCGCGGUGGAUCGAGCACGCAAGGGAGUCAGAGCGGCUGCGGCGAGUAGGGCAGGCAGUGAUCGGACGGUGGCAGCAUCUCAAGGUCGGGGAGGCCUUCACGGCGCUCAAGGAGCGGACCAUCGAGCUACACGACAUGCGGACGAGCGGGGAGAAGAUAGUCCGGCGGUGGCGGCAGCUGUCACGUCACGGGGCCUGCGCUGGCGGGCUGGCGGGAGCACGCAACGAGACAGCGGAGGCUACGGGAGGUGUCGGAGAAGAUCAUACGGCGAUGGCAGCAGGCAGGGGCAUGGGCGGCGCUGGCGCGGUGGAUCGAGCACGCAAGGGACAUCUCAAGGUCGGGGAGGCCUUCACGGCGCUCAAGGAGCGGACCAUCGAGCUACACGACAUGCGGACGAGCGGGGAGAAGAUAGUCCGGCGGUGGCGGCAGCUGGACCAGGGUCGAGGGCUGGCGGGCUGGCGGGAGCACGCAACGAGACAGCGGAGGCUACGGGAGGUGUCGGAGAAGAUCAUACGGCGAUGGCAGCAGGCAGGGGCAUGGGCGGCGCUGGCGCGGUGGAUGUCGUGGGUAGAGGGUCAGAAGCGACAUACGCGGCUCCAAGCGUCGAUCGUGUGCCGUAUGCAGCGUCUAGGAGCAUGGGAGUCUUUCUCGACGUGGCUGGGGAAGACGUCAGAGACCAGGGAGAGGGUUGAGUCGUGUGUGGAUAAGGAGAGACAGUGGCGGGCUGUGAGCCGAGCUGUGGACGGGAGGGAGCGGAGGCUUGGGCAGCGGGCGCUGGUACACUGGCACGAGCGGACACGGGCGAUGAUCAGCUUGGGAGGGAAGCUAGGGAAGGCGAUGGGGCGCUGGCGCGAAGGGGUGGCUUGGAAGGCUAUGAGCCAGUGGAGGCAUUGCGCAAAGAAGGAGAGCGCUGAGAGAGGACGGAAGCAGCGGGUAGUAGGGAAGCUUCGGUACGGGAGGGCGGGACGAGCCUUGGCGCGGUGGGAGGCAUACACAAGGGAGUCGAGGAGGCUCAAGGCGAUGGGAGCCAAGGUCGUGCUACAGUGGGUGCACAAGGAGACAGCAGCGGGCUUUGCCGGGUGGAGAGAGCGGACCGAGGAGACGAAGCGGCUGCGGCGGGGCGGGAGAAAGGCGAUACAGCGAUGGAGUAACCUGAGACUCGGGGAGGCCUUCACGGCGCUCAAGGAGCGGACCAUCGAGCUACACGACAUGCGGACGAGCGGGGAGAAGAUAGUCCGGCGGUGGCGGCAGCUGGACCAGGGUCGAGGGCUGGCGGGCUGGCGGGAGCACCCAACGAGACAGCGGAGGCUACGGGAGGUGUCGGAGAAGAUCAUACGGCGAUGGCAGCAGGCAGGGGCAUGGGCGGCGCUGGCACGGUGGAUGUCGUGGGUAGAGGGUCAGAAGCGACAUACGCGGCUCCAAGCGUCGAUCGUGUGCCGUAUGCAGCGUCUAGGAGCAUGGGAGUCUUUCUCGACGUGGCUGGGGAAGACGUCAGAGACCAGGGAGAGGGUUGAGUCGUGUGUGGAUAAGGAGAGACAGUGGCGGGCUGUGAGCCGAGCUGUGGACGGGAGGGAGCGGAGGCUUGGGCAGCGGGCGCUGGUACACUGGCACGAGCGGACACGGGCGAUGAUCAGCUUGGGAGGGAAGCUAGGGAAGGCGAUGGGGCGCUGGCGCGAAGGGGUGGCUUGGAAGGCUAUGAGCCAGUGGAGGCAUUGCGCAAAGAAGGAGAGCGCUGAGAGAGGACGGAAGCAGCGGGUAGUAGGGAAGCUUCGGUACGGGAGGGCGGGACGAGCCUUGGCGCGGUGGGAGGCAUACACAAGGGAGUCGAGGAGGCUCAAGGCGAUGGGAGCCAAGGUCGUGCUACAGUGGGUGCACAAGGAGACAGCAGCGGGCUUUGCCGGGUGGAGAGAGCGGACCGAGGAGACGAAGCGGCUGCGGCGGGGAGGGAGAAAGGCGAUACAGCGAUGGAGUAACCUGAGACUCGGGGAGGCCUUCACGGCGCUCAAGGAGCGGACCAUCGAGCUACACGACAUGCGGACGAGCGGGGAGAAGAUAGUCCGGCGGUGGCGGCAGCUGGACCAGGGUCGAGGGCUGGCGGGCUGGCGGGAGCACGCAACGAGGCAGCGGAGGCUACGGGAGGUGUCGGAGAAGAUCAUACGGCGAUGGCAGCAGGCAGGGGCAUGGGCGGCGCUGGCGCGGUGGAUCGAGCACGCGAGGGAGUCAGAGCGGCUGCGGCGAGUAGGGCAGGCAGUGAUCGGACGGUGGCAGCAUCUCAAGGUCGGGGAGGCCUUCACGGCGCUCAAGGAGCGGACCAUCGAGCUACACGACAUGCGGACGAGCGGGGAGAAGAUAGUCCGGCGGUGGCGGCAGCUGGACCAGGGUCGAGGGCUGGCGGGCUGGCGGGAGCACGCAACGAGACAGCGGAGGCUACGGGGGGUGUCGGAGAAGAUCAUACGGCGAUGGAUGUACUUAGAUCUUUCUGGUUGGUUCGCUCUUUUUUCCGAAUCGUUUUUUUGGCACAAACGCUUUCUGCUUGUCUUGGUCAGACGAGCUAUCGUUCAAUGCUUUUCUUCAAUGAGGAGCUCGUUUGUUCGCUGGACUUAUUUUGUUUCCUCGUAUCGGUCAUCCCGUCUUUCAGUUUGCAAGAAGGCGCAUGAGCGGGAGCGUCAAUUGUUGUUGCUGUCGUAUGGCGGUUGGCAGUCCUUGUGGUCCAGGAGCAAGGCGCACGCGGCCAUCGGGGUCAAAGUCGUCAGCAGAUGGAUGAAGCUCGGACUAGUGAGGAGCUUUGAGGGAUGGCAAUGUCAUGCGGAGCGUUUGCAGGAGCUGCGGAGGAGAGGAAGGAAGGUCGUUCUCCGUUGGUUGAACGAUCUCAUUUUACUUGCCUGGGAAUCGUGGGUAAUCUUUCGCAACGAUGCCAAAAGUUUUGUUUCAUCUCUGUCAAAGGUAAACAGGACUUUUCAGAGGAACCUGUUGAGGACAUGCUAUCAUCAACUUCAUCUGCACACAUGCACCAUGAAGCUCGUCAGUUCUGCCAUGAGCAAGCUCACUGGACGUGCAUCUACCUCCACGUUACGGAGGAUGUUCGGCUUAUGGGUAUGGAAGUACCGGUCGGAGGAAUUCUACGGCCUGCAGGGGGCGAAAGUGUUUCUUCGCUGGAGCAGCUUCAGCACGAGAUCGUAUUUCAAGCUGUGGAUGCUUUACCUCGGCUCCCGCAGGGCCGGACGAAAGAAAGUCAUCCGUGCACUGCGAUCUUGGAACCUCAUGCUCUGCGCUUCUGCGUGGCGAAGUUGGCAGUCCUUGUGGUCCAGGAGCAAGGCGCACGCGGCCAUCGGGGUCAAAGUCGUCAGCAGAUGGAUGAAGCUCGGACUAGUGAGGAGCUUUGAGGGAUGGCAAUGUCAUGCGGAGCGUUUGCAGGAGCUGCGGAGGAGAGGAAGGAAGGUCGUUCUCCGUUGGAAGCUGUUGGAUCUCAGCAUGGGAAUGGCGGGAUGGUGCAAUGCAGUGAAGAGGAGGAGGAGAAAGCAAGAAUCAAGGAUGUUGGACUACAGGAGAUCUCUCAAGAACAAUGUGUUACAUUGGAAGAUGGCGGUGGGAGCCAAAGACGAGGCCUCGUUCAUGACCAAGAUGGGAACAGCAUUCCUAGGACGGCUGGACAGGUUCCUUGCGGUCAGAUACGUCCACUCCUGGCGGGUCUUCGUACUUCACUCUCGCCGGGUGGAGUGCAUCGAGAAGAUGCUCAACGUUUCGUUUCGCAGGAUUGAAUGGCACUGGGACCGUGAGACCGUCAAGAACUCUCUGCUGCUCUGGCAAUCUCUGGUCAUCUUAGCAAAAACCUUGAGGAGCAAGACCCUCCACAAUGCUCUCAUGGGCUGGAGAGUUUUUACCUGGCAGCGUAGGCGGCUGCAGAGUUUAGACGCAAGAACAAAAUUGACAAGGCAGAUGCUGGCGUUCUGCUUUGACUUCCUCAUCAUCAACUGCUUGUUCAAGAAGUCUUUGUUCCGGAGCUUAGGCGUCAGAGUCCUGCAACGCAGAGCCGCCAAUGCUCUCCUAAUGAUCACCUUCGGGAACUGGGUGGAGGAAUAUCAAGACACGACGAACAAGGUCUGGUUCCAAUGCAAGGACGUUGAGCGGUGGCUGCUCAGUCGCUUCGUGAACGAGUGGCGAGUCAAGUCAGUGCGCCAACGAGAUCUGAGAGAGUCGGCCAGCACCAUCGCGCAACAGUGGGAGAGAGAGAUCAACUUGAAGAAGCAGAUCUCCAUAGGGAUCGACAGCUCGAUGAGAUCGACAUCAGCCUCGCAGUCCCCGAACUCCGCUGGGACCUCUCCUCUCAACCGCGCAGAUCGGUUGAUGUGGAAGGAUGUUCCCAUCAUCUCUCCGGAGGACAGGAGCGCAGACAGGCUCGGCAUUGUCUCAGAGGACCCAUGGCUGGGAGACCCUUCCUCCUUCUUGUCUCACUUGUCGCCUCGCAGCGCCUUCUCUCGGUGGAAGCGCCUGACCCGAGGGGACGCUGGCGAGCUCCGGCAGAUGCCAAAAGAUCUCUUUGCUCCCGUUGCUCCUGUUGCUCCCGUUGCUACCUUCAGCGACACUGGGGAAGAUGCAGCUGCAGCAAGAGAUGUUCGUCCAAGUAUGCCGUAUCCUAUGCUUCCAAGAAUUUUCAGGGAGGAGCCGCAGCAAGACGAGCAAGCAGGUGCUGACAUAGCUCGUGCUCCACCGAAGAAGGACAUCGCUGGAGUCGGCAUGCGCAUCCAGGACGACCCCCCGCAUCGGGUGAUCAGUCUAGUGCCCUCGGGGCCCGCGGAUAGGAGCGGCUGCAUAGAGCCGGGAGACAUCCUGGUAGCGGUGGACCAGAGAGAUGUUUCCAAGCUCUCCUCUUCGAAAAUCCGCACUCUCAUCGCCGGACCGAACGGCUCCAAGGUGAGGCUGGUGCUGAAGAAAGCUCAGCCGACGUCCUCCGAGUUCGUCGAGGUCAUCCUCGAGCGCGAGUUUCCUGUCCGCUCCUCCCUUGGCAUCCUCGCCAACGAGAAGUCUCGGGCUGAUCUGCUUCAGAUCUACAGGAAGGCUGACGUGCAAGGCACAGGGCGCGUGAGCAUGAGAAAGGUGGUGAAGAUCCUGAGGCAAUUGGGGGCAGCGAAGAGCGAGGAGGAGCUGGAGACUUCCCUCAGAGAGAAACUCGGGGAGAACAUGGAAGAAUGCGAUUACGCGACCUUCCUGACAAUCUUCGGAUUUUAA